UAAGGGGAAGGAGAAGGGAUCAGGAGCGGGAGCUGUGGGGAGGGAGAGGCCGGUCCAGGUCUGGCCGCCGCCUCUGCUCGCCCGAGGUCUCCAGGCGGGGCUGCGGCUCAGUCCUCGGCUCCGGGGCACCGUCUGCGAGGCUCCGUCGGGCCAGCGUGGGAGAGCCGCGGGCGGCGGCUGCCGCAUCAUGUCAGCCAAGGACGAGCGUGCCAGGGAGAUCCUGAGGGGCUUCAAACUAAAUUGGAUGAACCUCCGGGAUGCUGAGACAGGGAAGAUACUCUGGCAAGGAACAGAAGACCUAUCAGUCCCUGGAGUGGAGCAUGAAGCCCGUGUUCCGAAGAAAAUUCUCAAGUGCAAGGCAGUGUCUCGAGAAUUGAACUUCUCUUCAGCAGAACAAAUGGAAAAAUUCCGCCUGGAACAAAAAGUUUACUUCAAAGGGCAAUGCCUAGAAGAGUGGUCCUUCGAGUUUGGCUUUGUGAUCCCGAACUCCACAAACACCUGGCAGUCCCUGAUAGAGGCAGCGCCUGAGUCCCAGAUGAUGACCGCCAGCGUGCUAACUGGGAAUGUUAUCAUAGAGACAAAGUUUUUUGACGACGAUCUUCUCGUAAGCACAUCCAGAGUGAGACUUUUCUACGUUUGAGAGAAGAAUGUAUUGCAUUUCAAGAAUUUGGGUUUUGGGGGGAAUGGAGGAAACUGUUUACUUUUUUCCUCCACACAUUUGAUUUUUGACACUUCCACCCCUAAUUCCCUCUACAACAAAACCCACCUGCGGCCACAAGGGGACCAGCUCUGCAUAGGUAACCAGAUGGCUUUUUUCCCUCAAGCUGCCAUCUUCCACUGACCAGGCUAACUCCCCACCUCAGACCAGGGCAGAGGGCAUGCCUCAACUCUUUCCCAGGGUAAACACGGGACAAACACACACCAGGAGCCAGUGCAGGAGCCGAUGCUGUUCCUGUCACCCUCCCUGCCUCCUCCUUGGGUCCUACAGGGCACACAUCUUCUUUUGGCCCCUGGCUUUGAAAAAAUUCAUGUUCUUGACCCAUAUUUAGUCUUUUCCUACCUUUUCUAUUUCAUACAUUCUCAUACAUUUAACUUGUAAAAUAGACUGUGUUAUUAUUAUGUAAUGAAUUGAAAUAUGAAUUAAAAUAUUCCUACAGUCUUUAA